UUUUCCUCAGUUACUAAAGACUUCAACAUGGCGCUUAACAUGAAGGCCCUGCUGGCCAUAAUCUUCGUCUUCGUGGGCUGCUGCAGCAACGUCGUCUUCUUGGAGCUCAUCAUCAAAAUCGAUCCGGGCGCUGGCAACCUGAUCACAUUCUCGCAGUUCCUCUUCAUUGCGCUCGAGGGCCUGAUCUUCACCUCGAAGUUCUUCACUGUCAAGAAGAACAUCGCCUUCAAGGACUACGUAAUGCUCGUGGUGCUGUUCUUCGGGGCGAACGUGUGCAACAACUAUGCGUUCAACUUCAAUAUACCGAUGCCGCUGCACAUGAUCUUCCGCAGCGGGUCGCUGAUGGCCAACAUGAUCAUGGGCAUCAUAUUGCUGAAGAAGCGCUACAACCUGAGGCAGUACAGCUCGGUGGCGAUGAUCACGGCGGGCAUUAUUCUGUGCACGCUCGUGUCGAGCGGCGAUGUCAAGGACAACACGCAUCCCACCCUGAGGGUGGACACCUCCUUCUCGGACUUCUUCUGGUGGGGCGUGGGCAUUGCUCUGCUCACGAUCGCCCUGCUGGUGACGGCCUACAUGGGCAUCUACCAGGAGGUGAUCUACAAGCGCUGCGGCAAGCACCCCAACGAGGCGCUCUUCUACACACACAUGCUGCCCCUGCCCGGGUUCCUCAUCAUGGCCAGCAACAUCGCCCAGCACUGGAGCAUCGCCGUUAGCUCCGAGACGGUAUCUGUCGCCCUGCCGGGAGUGAGCUGGACGUUCAGCUUUCCGCUGAUGCUCUUCUACCUGCUGUGCAACGUGGUCACCCAGUACAUCUGCAUCAGCUCCGUCUACGUGCUGACCACGGAGUGCGCCUCCCUCACCGUGACCCUCGUGGUGACGCUGCGCAAGUUCGUCUCGCUCCUCAUCUCCAUCAUCUACUUCCGCAAUCCGUUCACCCUCGCCCACUGGCUGGGCACCAUACUCGUGUUUACGGGCACCGUGCUCUUCACCGACGUGCACAGGCAGCUGUGGGCGGCCUACAAGCUGCGCCGGCAGGCGGUGCCAAGCACCGUUGGGUACAGUCGCAUAUGAAACUAAGGUUAGGCUAGGCAAAGACAUUUGACAAUUAAAACAAUUCACUUAGGAUAAGAAAACAAAUUGUUUUUUUUUUUAUUAUUAUUUUGUAAUGGGACUCACUCAGCAAAUAGUACGUGUAUGUAUGUGUAUGUGUGUGUGUGUGAGUUUGUAUAUGUAUGUAUAUCUUUAAAUAUAUAUAUAUAAGAGUUAAUACUUAUGGAAAUCG